GGGUUUUUUUUUUGGGUGGAAACCGCCCGUAACUCCGGGGGGGGGCUGUGGGGUGGCAGCGGGGAGGCGACCAUGGAAGAAAAGCUCCAGGCGCAUCAGGUGGAGAUCGACCCGGAUUUCGAGCCGCAGAGCCGUCCCCGCUCCUGCACUUGGCCUCUCCCCCACCCCGACUUGGCGGAGGAGGAAGAUGGGGGCGCGGGGGGAACCCCGGCGCUGGCGGCCGGCGGGGACGGAGCCGAGAACGCGGUGGCCCCGGUGGAGCGCAGAGUCGCCGCCGCUCCCCCGCCGCCCCCCGGCGCGGAUGUGGGGCAGCUCCGCAAGGCCAAAACCUCCCGGCGCAACGCCUGGGGCAACCUCUCCUAUGCCGACCUCAUCACCAAAGCCAUCGAGAGCUCGCCGGAGAAGCGCCUCACCCUCUCCCAGAUCUACGACUGGAUGGUGCGAUACGUCCCCUACUUUAAGGAUAAAGGAGACAGCAACAGCUCUGCCGGCUGGAAGAACUCCAUCCGGCACAACCUGUCCCUGCACACCCGCUUCAUCCGCGUGCAGAACGAGGGCACCGGCAAGAGCUCCUGGUGGAUGCUGAACCCCGAGGGCGGCAAGACGGGCAAGACGCCGCGGCGGCGCGCCGUGUCCAUGGACAACAACAGCAAGUUCCUGCGCAUCAAGGGCAAGGCCAGCAAGAAGAAGCAGCUGCAGGUGACGCAGGAGCGCGGCGAGGACAGCCCGUCCUCCCAGCAAGCCAAGUGGUCGGAGAGCCCCACGUCCCACGCCAGCGACGAGUACGACGCCUGGGCGGACUUCCGGACGCGGGCCAACUCCACGGCCAGCACGCUGAGCGGGCGCCUCUCGCCCAUCAUGGCCAACCACGAGCCGGACGAGCUGGAGGAGGACGACGGUACCCCCUCGUCCCCGCUGAUGUACCCCAGCCCUUCCAGCACCAUGUCUCCGUCCCUCAGCGCCCGCUGCUCCGUGGAGCUGCCCCGGCUGACCGACCUGACCGGCACCAUCAGCCUGAACGAGAGCCUGGGGGAGAGCAUGCUGGAGGACCUGCAGGACGGCUACAGCAUGAGCCCCUCCCAGCAGCUCCCCCCGGCCGCCCUGCGGCAGCGCAGCUCCAGUUUCACCUUCAACUCCAAGUGCUCCAGCAUGGGGGCCGCCUCCAACACCUACUGUGGGACCAUCUACAGCCAGCCGGCCAUGGGCCUCAUGCGCCGCCUGCCCAUGCAGACCAUCCAGGAGAACAAGCAGGCCACCUUCUCGCCCGUCAGCUCCUACAGGAACGCCUCGCUGCAGGACCUGCUCUCCUCCAUCUCCUACGCGCACAAGGAGAGCAUGGUCCCGGGGGACCUGCCCCUGCCGCCGGCCGGCCCCGUGGUGCCGGCCCGUGGCCACAGACACAACCCGCUGCUGUGCGGGGCCGGGGAGCAGGGCCUGUCCUCCUACCCGCCCCACCCGGGCUCUCUCAUGAAGAGCAACGCGUUGUACCACCCGUCACCAGCCGGCCACCACCCUGCGGUCAACACCAGUGCCUUAGCCAAUCCUGUCAGCCUUAUGAGCCUGCCCAGUGACUCGUGCAGCAUGACGGCCGUGCCGCACCACGGGCACCUGCAUUCCUACGCCAAUAACCAAGGGGCACACAUGAGCUUGCUGGAUUCGCUGCAGGGCCCCUACCCGGGGGCCGUCCACCCCCCCGUGUUGGGCCAAGACAGGUUCCCAGCAGACCUGGACCUGGACAUGUUCAACGGGAGCCUGGAGUGCGACGUGGAGUCCAUCAUCCUGAAUGACUUUAUGGACAGCGACGAGAUGGACUUCAACUUCGACUCGGCCCUCCCGCCGCAGAACGGGCUCAACGUGCCCGCGCUGCCCGGGGGGCCGCAGCCCACGAACCAGAGCUGGGUGCCCGGGUGACGCCUGCCCCGGCGCGGGCUCGCCACCGGGAAGCCACGAAGGGAACACUGAGACUAACUUUUUUUUUUCCUUUCUCUUCUGCCUUUGUUUGUUAAGAUAGGCCAGAGCCAUCAGUCUGAGCUUAAGGUCGAACAUGAAACACGAGCCGGAGGGUCAAAUGUUGAGAUGGGGGAGGACCCCCAGCCCCACGUGUGCCCGGUCUGCAGGUCCUGCCAGCAUCCUCUGGGGGACACAGGGCCGGAGCCAGGCAGAUCCAGGGGGUAGCAGGAAGGGAAAGCCUUUCCAGACGGUCCCAGUGCCCCUGGUAAUGGUGCCAGUUUGAUUUGCCCUUGGGCUGGGGGACAGAGUGGUGAUGGCUGGUGGUGUGGGACCCCUCCAGCAUGGGCAUCCCCCCUGGGAAAGAACUCUUCUCUGAGCCCCCUUGGGAAAUGAGUCCUCUGGGUAGAGCUGUCAGCAGUGGGGGCCCUGCCCUAGGGCAAGGGGGGGCUAUUGACCCCUCAGUCCUGGUGGAGAUGGGAGCUCUGCUGAGCCCACACCCCCAGUGUCCUCGUGUGGCUCCAGGCAGGUUUCCUUACCGAGCAGGGAGAAGGGGGUGGUGAUGGUGAUGCUGGGAGCAGCAUCUCAGCAGCCCCGGGGCCUGGG